UAGCCUUAUCUUCGGAGACCGUCCCGCGCAAGAACAUAACACCGAUGGGCACCCAACUCACUAGUAGUAGCUGCCUCAAGUCUCAGCCCUAUCAUCCAAGGCCCCCCGCGUCCAAGGACAAGAAAUCAAUCUCAUUCUCAACCUACCUACCGUACUCCAUUCCUACUGCAUAUGCCAUAGUCCUGCUUCACCAUGGCGCCAGGCGUGGGAGGCUACCGGCAGAUCAACAAAGCGCUCAACAUCUGCGCCUUCGAGGACUAUCUCGAGAGCCAGCAGACCCAUCUCCCGCACCUGCCGGAUGUGGAGCAGCUCAGUCCGCGCGUGAUCCGCGUGCUUGGACAAAACCCAGGCAAAUUCACCCUCCAAGGAACAAACACCUACAUCAUCGGCACCGGCACGCACCGCAUCCUGCUCGACACAGGCCAGGGCAUCCCCGACUGGAUCACCCUCCUCUCCUCCACGCUCUCCACGCACGGCAUCACCCUCUCCCACGUACUCCUCACCCACUGGCACGGCGACCACACCGGCGGCGUGCCCGACCUGCUCACCCACUACCCACACCUCUCCUCCGCCAUAUUCAAACACACCCCCGAACAACAACCACCACGAAAAAAGGGCAGCAAAUCCUCCUCCCAGACCGGGACCCAGCAGCACUACCAACAACAGCCCAUCGUCGACGGCCAAAUCUUCCGCGUCGAGGGCGCCACGGUACGCGCCGUGCACGCCCCCGGCCACUCGCACGACCACUGCUGCUUCCUACUCGAAGAAGAAGACGCCCUGUUCACGGGCGACAACGUGCUGGGCCACGGCACGGCCGCCGUCGAGCACCUGCGCACGUGGAUGGGCACGCUGCGGCUGAUGCUGGGGCUGGGGUGCAAGGGACGGGGGUAUCCGGCGCACGGGGCCGUCAUUGUGGAUCUGAAGGGGAAGAUGGAGGGAGAGCUGACUGCGAAGAUUAAGAGGGAGGCGCAGGUUUUGAGGGCUUUGCGCGGGGAUGAUAGUGGUGGUGGUGAUGAGGAUGGGGGAGAGAAGGGGAAAGGGUUAGUGGGGAACGCGAAUGGUGGGGGGACUGGAAGGAAGGGGAGGAAGUUGACGGUGAAGGAGCUGGUGGUGUUGGUUUAUGGGGAUAAGAUGGAUGAUGCGGUGAGGGAGAUGGCGCUGGAGCCGUUUGUGGAUGAGGUGCUGAGGAAGUUGGCUGAGGAUGGGAUGGUGGGGUUUGAUGUGAGGGGCGGGGUGAAGAGGUGGUUUGCUCUUGCCUGAGGAGGAGUAUUACCUUAGGAUUCAGGAAGG